AUGGCGCAACCAUCUGGGUCAGCCGGCUUUUCGAUAUUGCCUGCCGAGAUCCGGUGUGAGAUAUGGCGCUGGGCAAUUCCGCGUCGGGUAAUUAAAGUCGGAUUUAAUGAUGAAAGUCGUUGCCAGAUAAUACGUUUCUCUGCCUUCUCUUUCACCCCGUCUGAGUACCCGACCGUCCUCCAGAUCUGCCGCGAGUCUCGCUACGAGGCCUUGAGAUUCUACACAUGCUUACGACCUAUGACUCUGACCUAUUGUUGCCGCUGUCCAUCAAUCCUUUUUAGUCAAUUCGAUAUACUUUAUCUCGCGACGCCCCCGGUUGGAUACGGUUUAUUCGCUCUUCGGUAUCCGGCAUCCAGGAUGAUAAGCGCCAUUGCGAUUGACAUGACCGAUAACUGGGCUUACGAACUUGAGAUGCUUUUUUCAUAUCCCGAUAUUCGUUUCGAAAAGAUCGCGGACCUAUAUUUUGUUUCGACGUCAAAGGACAACAAUCCGACGAAGAAGCAAGGCUUACGGUUUUCUUUAACUAACGGUUCGGAAGAAGAAGAUCUCUUCCAUCAACUUGUGGCGGAAAAGAUCUGGGGAUUAGAUGUUUUAAAGCACGUGCCAGAUAUUUACUUUAGACAACUUAAAAGCCAAGAUAGGUAA